GCGUGCGCUCGUGCCUUCGAGCUUGGACCGUGCUGCACCCGUGGCCCGCGCCAGAGCGUUCUGAGAACGUCGACGGGGCUGCGAGUACCUGGGCCAGCUGCUGACGUAGCCUCCGUGAAGAAGGUCGAGUGCGUCGUCCAGCGGGGCGUAGCGGCCUUUUGCACGCGGCUUGCGCCUGCGGCUCCAAAUCUUCGAGGCGGCCGCGCAUCCGGACAGAAGCAAUGUCGAACGCUAACGUCGCCCGCCAACCUUCCCAAGUAAGCGUGACGGGAUCCGGCAGCUCGAACUCGCGCAUAGAAGUGAGCACGGUGCAAGUGAACGAGGACGAGCAGGGCGGUAACCUGACCAUCUACGGCGGAGGCCAAUUCAACAUCCGGACCACCAUCUCGAAAGAAGGCACGAACUACCAGAUCGCGGACCAGACUGGCCAGGUGAAGAACAUCAAUUUGCCGAGCUCACGCCCACCGUCAGGCUUGCAAGGCAAGUACGAGAAGCGAGUGAUCAUCGAGAACGGCGUUGAGACCGUCGAGGAGUACCAGAACGGCCGGCUGGUGAGCCGCACCGUCAACGGUGUCGCACAGCCAGUCUCCUGAAGACCGGAAAGUGAUGUAACUCGCAGCCCCUGGAAGACGGACGUGCACAACUGCAUUCUCGAAUGCUCUUUGCAAAUAAAUUAGGCCGU